AUGACCAUCACAACCCCCCACCUCUCCGCCCUCCAACGCGACGGCUUCGUCGUCGUCCCCUCCCUCCUCACCCCAGACGAAAUCACCCACCUCCGCACCGUUGCCGCAAACGCAACAACCCUCACCCGCGCUGGCACAUGGCCUCACUUCCGCACCGUUCCCAAGCAAUUCCCCCCCUGGCCCACGACCCCGCCCCCGCCCUCCGAAGGCGGCAUCUGGGGCGUCCAGCACCUCCUGCACCCACGCAUGCCGCACCGCACCGACUUUGCCCGCUUCUACUUCUCCGACAAACUGCUCGCCGUCGCAGAGGAGCUGCUCGGCCUCUCCCCGGGCCAGGACCACACACACGAGCCCCUCGUCAUGGAACUUUUCAACCUGCUCGUCGCGCCCGAGACCAGAGACUUCGAGCUCCGCUGGCACAGAGACGAUAUCCCCGACACCGUGCCGGAGGCCGAAGAGCUGCGGCUCCUGCAGGCCAAGAGCCCGCGCGGCCGCCAGUCGCACGCCCAGUAUAACCUCGCGCUGUGCCCCGAUGAGUCGCUGAUUGUCGUGCCCGGGUCGCAUCGGCGCGUGCGCACGGCCGCCGAGCGCGCGGCCGGCCCGUAUGAGAGAGACAUGCCCGGUCAACUGGUGGUUAAGCUGCAGCCUGGGGAUGCGGUCUUCUAUGAUAGUAAUAUUCUGCAUCGCGGAGUGUAUCGGGCGAAGCCGGACGGGGGCGAGGAGACGCGUUUAACGCUGCAUGGGAGUGUGGGGUUGAAGGCGUCUGGAGCCGGGGAUGCGGGGGACGAGGAUGAUGCUGAUAAGAAGGUUCGGGCUACGGUGGUUCUGCAGCAUGGGGUUGGGGCCUGGGUGCACCAGGACGACGCGGCGUUUGGCAUUGGGGAGCGCGCGGAGAAGAUGCGGGCUAAUCUGAUUGCGCUGGGCACGGGGGAGGGUGUUGGAUACUCCCUACAGGGCUGA